AUGAAGGUACUUGUGGUAUUGCUAGGAUGGGCGAUUGUGACAUUGGCUGCACCCUCGCCGCAAUUCUACUAUCCUGCUUUUGGACUACGACCACAUGAACUAGGCUUAAUACCGGUGGCUGUGGUUCCGGGCGCGGCAUAUGUCCCAGUCGCUGUUCCCGUUCCAGUUCCAGUAGCACCUGUGGUACCCGUUGCUGCCGCUCCGGUAGUACCGGUCGUCCCGGCAGUUGGCAUUGAACCUCCAGCAUUCGGGGGUAGCAACGCCGAGGCCCAAUCGGCUUCAUUCAGCAUAGGGCUCGGAGGUAUAAGUGGGUCAUUCAGUAAAUCGGCGGCCAACUCGAAUUCGUUUGGCGGUGGCGGCUUUGGAGGAGGCGGCUCAGGUGCUAGUGCAGCUGCGCAGUCUGCUUCGUAUGAUGGUGGUUUCGGUGGAUUCGGAGGUUCAUCGUCCAAUGCAUAUGCGUCAUCGAACUCGUUCGGAGGCGGCGGUGGAUUUUUCCCAUUUUUUGGCUAAGUUUGUACAAAUCCAUUCGUCAUAUCCCCGCAAUGAUUAUUCAAAACACAUGUUCCGAAGCAACUAAGAUGCUUAUAUUACGACAUAAAUUUGAUACAAAUGCAGAACUUAUAAAUAAAAAAAU